ACCCGGCCUUUUACUCCUGGUGUCACCCUCUCAGCCGAAUCACAGCCUUGCCCAGCUGCGUCGUCGACUUGUAUCCCGCAGAGAGAGAAAGCAGAGAGAGAAAGAAGAAGAGGAAAACGAAAGCGAUGGGGAGGAAGAAGGGAGUGGUGUUCGACGAGGGCGCGCCGGACGACUUCGACCCGGAGAAUCCGUACAAGGAUCCCGUGGCGAUGCUGGAGAUGAGGGAGCACAUAGUGAGGGAGAAGUGGAUCCAGAUCGAGACGGCGAAGAUCCUCCGGGAGAGGCUCAAGUGGUGCUACCGCGUCGAGGGCAUCAACCACCACCAGAACUGCCGCCACCUCGUCCAGCAGUACCUCGACUCCACCCGCGGCAUCGGCUGGGGCAAGGACCACCGCCCCCUCUCCCUUCACGGUCCUAAGGUUGAGGCUGAGGCUGAGUGACUUCCUUCCAGGUAACUGAAAUUAGUUGUCUUGUCGAGGAAUAAGGUGACGAUCGUGGUGUUGCCUGUCGAGCAGUGUGGUAAAUUGUUCUACUAUCAUUUGUUUUCUUUCUUGUUAAACUAGAGCCAAAUGAUGUGAGCUUUGGCUUCAUAUUUAGUCUUUUGAUUUUUGGCAUUGUAAACUGAUAAGAUUUGAAUCAAAGCAACAAAUUCAAGGACUUCAGAAGAUUGAAUAAGUACCUUUUUUGGGGAAAAAAUAUAGUGUUUGCCCUUUUAUCUUUGAAAGUGCUAUAUUUCAGUAUCGUGAAUGAGGUUGGUCUUAUUCCUGCAACUGCGCUGCAAAUAGGGAUCCCCAAGGGUUUAGCCAAGUGGGUACGAGAAAGCUCAAAAGUGUUUUGUCCUCCAUGAGAUCACAUGUUUGAAUUCCACAUAUGCCAAACAAUCCAAACCUUGAGGCAACUGGAGGGUUUGCCUAGACGUUAACUUCAGUCUUAGAAUUAGUCGAGUUGCGCACAAACAGGCCUGAACAUCUGGUUAUAAAAAAAAAAAAAAAAAAGAGGAUUCGUAGUUGUAAAAUGUUCCAUAAUCGGUGGACCUUCCAAGGGACAAGUGACAGAUUGGCCCCUAAGGACCUCUGGAAAUUUGUAUUUUUGCCUAUAACCCAUGCUAGGAUGUGUUAAAGAUGCU